CAUUAUGUGCUGGAUGGGUCUAAAUACAACUUAAUUGCCCUGCAUUAUGUGCUGGAUGGGUCUAAAUACAAUUUAAUUACCCUGCAUUAUGUGCUGGAUGGGUCUAUAUACAACUUAAUUACCAUGCAUUAUGUGCUGGAUGGGUCUAUAUACAACUUAAUUACCCUGCAUUAUGUGCUGGACGGGUUUAAAUACAACUUAAUUACCCUGCAUUAUGUGCUGGAUGGGUCUAAAUACAACUUAAUUACCCUGCAUUAUGUGCUGGACGGGUCUAAAUACAACUUAAUUACCCUGCAUUAUGUGCUGUAUGGGUCUAAAUACAACUUAAUUACCCUGCAUUAUGUGCUGGACGGGUCUAAAUACAACUUAAUUACCCUGCAUUAUGUGCUGGACGGGUCGAAGUACAACUUAAUUACCCUGCAUUAUGUGCUGGAUGGGUCUAAAUACAACUUAAUUACCCUGCAUUAUGUGCUGGAUGGGUCUAAAUACAACUUAAUUACCUUGCAUUAUGUGCUGGAUGGGUCUAAAUACAACUUCAUUUUGUCCAAUUCAGGGGAUUCACUUCUGAGAAAUUCUGGAAAUCACCAAACAGAUGAGAGAACAGAGGGAUGAAAGGAGAGAUAGAAAGAAGGGAGGAGGUCCAAGCACACCAGGUUACAACACAGGGAUGAUGACGCAAAUGGUCACCCUACAAAAGCCCCUUUGGGGUGGGUAGUGAGGACACAGUCGGAGUGGUCUACAUAUCUUUCCUCUUCAGGCGGCUCCACAGGGAAACAGAUACAUUAAGCCAAGCGGUGGGUUCUAGGUUAACACCACCAACCAUGCUGCCGUUCACCGUGGUUCUGAUGUUAAUCGCUUCACUAACAGAGACUUUCCCCACUAGCAGUCUCAGAUACUCCCACUAUACCCAAGGGGAGAGUCCAGACAAUGCAAUACUAAAAGUCUUGAGAGAUUUAUCCACUGCAUCAACAGAGGGCCCACCCCCUGACAAACGUCCUGCUCUUCUACCCAAUGACGUAGACAAACCACUGCUAGAGGCGGAACUACCCAGAAGGGUGUGGUGGUGGUGGUACCCAGCGAAGCCCCACCCACAAAACAGGAUUCGUCAGAAUCGAGCAUGGAGGUCCUCAUACAACCAUAACUCCUUCGGCCUACGUUACGGGAAAUGAUAGUUAUUAGGAUGGGCUCUACGUCUCUCAGUUAUGUAUUUAAUUAUAUUUUGAACAGUGCCUGACAAUAUGAUGUAGGUAGAUAUAUUAAUGUGUAAAAAGCAGACAAAAUCCCAAGGCCUACACUUGAAAUAUUGCUAUAUCAUCUAUGACGAUUCAUGACAGCUAUUGAUGAAAUUACUUUAUAAUGAAUUUACAAUUUCUUGUUUACAACAGCCACUGUCAUGUGUUACCCAUAUGUGUGUGGGUGAACCCUAUGUUUUGCAACAUAUUUCCGUUCUGAUAUCUGUGAUAGUUUUAUGAAUGCAACUGGAAAUCAAAAAGAUGACACCAUUCAAUAAAUGGGCACU